AUGACUAUCACCAUUCAGAACAUCACAGCCACCUCUGCCAUCGUCAGCUGGCCGUCUUCUCCGGGCUGUAUCGACACGUUCUACAGCGUCAUGUAUCACCCAAACUGGAACAGUCUACUGAUGGGUUACACUCGCAAAAGUUUCCUGCGUGAGGACAGGGUUCCCGUGAGCCAGACGUCCACCAGUUUGGGCAAUCUAAGUCCACAGACUACAUACAUCCUCUGUGUCACCUGCCAGUCCGCCAAUCCCACCAGAGAGCAGUGCCAGGUCUUUAAUACUCUAGAUGAGGGCACUGAGCUCGGGGAGAGCGGCAGGGAGCUGGCCAUGGGAGUUUGGCUGGCCAGCAGUAUCCUCCUGCUGAUCAUCGCAGUGGCUCUGCUUUGGGGAUGCCUUCACACUAUGUGUCCAGCAAAAAGAGACCCUGAUAGAGUCAGCCAGUCUGGUCUGAACCCUCCACACCUGGCUCUGACCCCCAUGGAUGGGAACAUAGGAAGCGAAGGAAGAAAAAGUCUGUACACUCCUAACUGCGGUGAGGAGGAAACUCCAAAUGCGACGGUGAUUGAGAAUCCUUUUCGAGCCGAGAGAGAAACAGCAAAUGGGCAGAGUCGUGAACUUCGAACUCUAAGUAAUAAGCACCCCGGGUCAGAAUAAUUGGUCUGCCAGUUUGCCACUGGGAUUUGUUGACCCCAUCACUUCAAACUACUCCCAUGUACAC